UGGGCGGCAGGCGGUAGCAGCGGCAGCGGCAGUCUGGUGGUGGCGGCCGAGCCGAACCGACGAGCUGCGACCCGCGGCAUGACCAUCGCUGCUCCUGACGAGUGGGCGCAAGUGUAAGAGAGGAUGUCUUCGAGCGAGCAGGAAGAGGGCGGCAAGCGGCGGCUGGCGCCGGAGCACGAGCAGGACGGCGAGCAGCGCCACGCCAAGAAGCGCCGCAAGCAGACGACGCCGCUGCGAUGGGACGCCGCCUCGGCGACACCGUCGACCAGCGAGGACGAGGCCGACGCCGACGCCGACGCCGACGCCGCCGUGGCGCUGCCACCCCCGCUAGACCUGUGCGCGCCCGCAGCCGCGCCCGCCCCCGUCGCCUCCGCGCCGUCUGUGGGCCCCACCCCCUCCGGCCCCGCCGUCCCUGUGGCCCCUGCCUGGCCGGACGUGUCCGCCUUCUUCCCGUUCGCUUUCGCGGCGGGCCCACCUCUGCUGCCCGCGGCCGCGCCCGUGCGCAUCUUCAACCCUGACGCGUACUGCGAGCAGUGCAACAAGGAGUUCUGCAACAAGUACUUCCUCAAGACGCACAAAGCGAACAAGCACGGCAUCUACACGGACGGCGCUCCUCCUGCGGCCAAGGCGGCGCUCCCGCCACCCCCGCCGCCACCACCCCCGCCACCACCGCCUCCGGCGCAGUCUCAGCAACAGCAGAUGCCGCCUCAGCAACAGCAGAUGCCACCUCCGCACCUGACGCCGGGGCAGGCGUCAUCCCCGGAAGCGCGGGUGCCGUGCGACGUGUGCCACAAGCGCUUCAGCAACAAGUACUUCCUGCGGCGGCACAAGGCCAAGGUGCACGGCAUCGCGGACGACGCAGGAGACGCGGCCGCGGCCAAGAAGCCGGGAGACGCGGACGCGGCGUCCGCCACCGACCUGUCGCUGCCCGCGCCCGCCGCGCAGGACCUGCUGGAGCUGCUGGCCGAGCAGCCGGCGGACGAGCCGCGCGAGCAGCCCGACACGGCCGCGGCCGGACACCAGCCGCCGCUCUCCGUCGACAACCUGCGCAAGCUGGGCGUCAUCAACGCCGAGGCCUUCUGCGAGAUCUGCUGCAAAGAGUACUGCAACAAGUAUUUCUUGCGGACGCACAAGCUCAAGCGACACGGCAUCGUCGUCGCGGAUUCCGAACCGUCCAAAGACGGCAGCGGAUCGGCAGCCGCACCGGGUGCGUGGGGCGGCCCUCAGGCCUCGCCACUCAACUUGAUCGUCAACGAGCAAAGCGACUCGCUCUCGGAACAGGCCGACGGCGCAGAGGCCGAGUGCGACGUCUGCGGCCGGCGAUUCCAGAGCUGCUACCUCAUGACAGUGCACAGAGCCUACAUGCACUCGGACGCCGAGAAGCGCGAAACACCCGCGGAGUUGAAAUCCGAACAGCAGGAGGGCGAGGGCGGCAGUAACAGGCAGAGCACACCUCUCACCACCGUACCCACCGACAGCGGCGGCGUGCCGGCCGACGCCGACGGGGACCGCGCGUUCUCCGACAACAAGGACAACAUAAGCGAAGACUUGCAGAAGCUCCAGACUAUGAUCCUACAGCUCAACACCCUCGACGUCGACUCCGUCAAGACUUGCCAUAUCUGUUACAAGGAGUCGGAGAACGUGUAUUCGCACAGGGCUCACAUGAUAACGGAGCACGGCGUACUUUCCGGAGACAAGGAGCGGGACAGUGCCGGCAGUGCGGAGGGAUCGCCACUGCCGGCACCCCCCACCUUUUGCCAUCCGUGCAAGAAGGACUUCUUUACGACUUUCCUACUCAAGCAGCACGACGACGAGUGCCACUCGACACCGGCAGCGCCGUCGCCGCCGAUCGCCGCGCCGGCCCAGAGUGUCGUCAAGGAAGAAACCGAUUCGCGAGAGUCUCCGGCCAAGGACGCCGUCCAGGUGGCACAGCAGCCGCAGCCGUCGGCACCGGAGAAGAGGGUCUCUCUCACACCCACUAGCAGCUACUGCGAGAUCUGCAACAAGGAGCUGUGCAAUAAGUACUUUAUGAAAACGCACAUGCAACGCAUGCACGGCAUCGAGAUCGAGAACGGCGCUCAGAUCGGUGGCGUCGUCUGCGACAUCUGCAACAAGGAGCUGUGCAGCAAGUACUUCCUGCGCGUGCACAAGCAGAACACUCACGGGAUCGUGGAGGACAGCGCCUCGACGGCGGCGACCUCGUCGACGGCGGCGUCGUCGGCGCCGCUGCCGACGUACGCGCCCGACGGCGACCACGCGCUCAAGCCGAGUGACCUGAAGGACUUCAGCCACCGGUACUUCAGCCACUUCACGGAGGCGUGUCCCGUUUGCAGCCGGCGCUUCAGGAGCACUAAGUGGCUACGCGCGCACCUCGUGAACGACCACGGCGACGCGGGUGCCGAGAAGUGGAAGGAGCUGGAGUCGCGCUACAGGGCUAAGCAGACCAAAGCGUCGGAGCAGCCGACCCUACAGCAGCAGCAACAGCGGCCGCCCGCGCUCAAAAUCCCCACCAGCUGGGCGUCGCAGGCGGCCGAGCCCGUCGCCAGUCACGUGCUGUCCAACCUAUUCGCCGGUAGCGACUCGCCCGAAUACCACUGCUCGUACUGCCCUUUCAGCACGCCAGUGCUGGCGCUACUAUUCGUGCACGAGCGCACGCACGUGGCCGGCCCCACCGUGCAGCCCGACCCGGAACCCGGGAAGGCGCCGCAGCACUGCCCCAUCUGCCUGCAGGAGCUGCAGGGCGAGCCUCUGCACACGCACCUCCUGUCCCACCAGUUCGGAGGGCUGGUCAAUCCGUUCGCGCCCGCCGCCUUCCCCGCGCCCAGGCCGUUCCCACCCGUGCAGCCUCUGCAGCCCGAGCAGCCGGACGGAGACGCGGCCGACGCCGAAGCCAAGACGAAGUUCCGGUGCCCGCAGUGCUCACGCGGCUUCAAGACUCGAGAGCUGUACCUGGCGCACGUCCAGAAGAAGCACGGCGCGCCUGCUGGCGACGCUGCGGACGGCAAGCUGCGGUGCGCGCAGUGCGACUUCCGGGCGGACAGCGCCGUGGCACUCAAGAGACACGUGCGCCGCAGCCACCGCGAGCCCGAGGCGGGCGCGGGCGGGCCGGCUGCGCGGGUGCCGGCGUCCUACGCCGUGCCUGCGCCGCCGCAGGGCCCCGAGGGCGCACCUUUCAUCAUGCAGCCCUUCCUGCUGGAGGAGCCGCUGCACAGCGUGCGCGUGCACGCCGCCAAGUUCGUGCCGUCGGUGGUGUUCCUGCCCGUCAAGGAGCGCCUCUCCGAGCCGCUCACCGUUUCCUUCACGCUGACGCCGGCUUAG